CCUAACUCCAUCGCUCCCUACAGUCCCCAGCUCAUCGACCAUGAUGCACGCAGCGACCCUCGGACUCUUUGUGGCAUCUGCAGUUGCCCUUUGUGGCGCUGCUCCCUUUCUAGACAAUGACAUGCCCCUCAUGUGGGCCCAAACGUCCACCCAAAUGACUGACCUACCAUCGAAGGAUGGCGUUGUGACCCCCAACCCCUGGGGCUUUGUCAACCGCAUGAGUCUUUACCGGCUGAUGAUCACUGCCACAGACCCGCUUCUGACAUGCAUGGGGACAAAUGCCACAGACAGUCCAAUGUGGGGACUGACGCUGCAGCUUGCAUGGAUGAAAAGCUCAGGGCGUCUCGCUGAUCCAACCAGUGCUUCAACAGGAGAUACUUUGUUAAUUUCUCCUAAGAGCUGGUGGUCCUGUGUGAACUACUUUGUGUCUGUUCUGCCCUUCCUGUCUGCUGCGCAGCAGGGCAUCCUAGGAGAAGACGUUAAGGUCCAGAUGCAGGCACCCGAGGGUGUCGAAGGCUACUGCACUACAUAUACUGACUGUGCAGCUGCCUACCCUGACGCCAUGACUAAGUGGGAUGCCUUUUUCCAGGGUCUCAAUGCAACUCAUAAUCCUCCUCUCUCUGAUGCUGAGAAGAAAGACACUCUCCUCGGUCUCUACUGGGAGGCCCAAAUGGCUUCAACUUACGCCUCUGCAGCAUGCAAGGACAAGCAGAGCCACUUCUACUCGACAGAGGUGUCGUUUGCAAACAGCUGGCUUAACUUAGCCGAGUACGUUUCUGCAGCACGUUUCCAAUCCAGUUUGACCAAAGCUGCACCGUUCAUUGCCCCUCUCCCGAGCCGUGUGUUAAAGGCGAACGAUAGUGCGCCUAACAUAGCUGAUAUGUCUGAGGAAGAGAACCGCACACUGGCUACCUUCUCCUGGAUGAAUUACAUCAACAAUGUACUGUUUGGAUCACUGGUGAGUUCGUGGAAAAAGGCCAUGUGUUCAAUGGAAACAAGGGAGAAAGGAAGAGAGAUGAUGGAGCAGCUCCUGCUCAAUCCCAGCUACGCCACAAGCACCUUCUUGACCAUCGUGACGGGAAUGGGUAGCUGCUGAGACCAACACACACACACACAGAUACACACACAGCAGAACGAAAUAGCAACUCUGAUUAGAUAAUUGUUUUUUUUACAAUAAAAACACUUUUGUAUUACUCAGGUUUCAUUGAGAGAACACAAUUUCAAUCCAAAAACACAGAAAGUAUGUGAUUAUUUAAAAGGUGUAGAUCAACAGAUAGUUCCAGAUGAAAGUUUUAAGCAUGUCAUCCUCCAUAUGUCUUCGUUCUUGUCACUUGUGAAUAUGCAGUAUGUGGUCCAGUAAAGCAUCAUAAACACAAA